AUGGACCCGAUAUACCCGCUGAUACCCAUUCUGAACCUGUUCACGACGGCGCUUAUUUGCUUGACUCUUAUCUCCAUCAGCUUCCGCAAGGCAUGGAACGUCGGUGUAUUCUUACUGGGAGGCUGGGUGAUGGUGCGGACGUUCAUCAGAGGCGUCGAGGGCAUUGUUUGGCGCGAUAACGCGGAGGACCUGGCGCCUGUUUGGUGUGACAUAUCUACACACCUGGUCGUCGGCAGUUUAUUUGGAGGCCAGCCCGCAUGCUCGCUCAUCAUCACUCGCCAACUGCACCGUGUAACCCAGUUGUAUUCCCCCGAGCGGUUGACCAGGAAGGAGAAACAAAGGGAGCUGCUUCUUAACAUACUUAUUGGAGUCGGACUUCCCGUCAUAAUCAUCAUGUUAUACACUACGGUACAGGAUUGCCGAUACCUUAUUACUGAGAACGUGGGCUGCUCGCCGACCAUGGACGGGACGAUACUGACGCUGUGCGUCGUGCACACCUGGCCCGUUGCGCUCCCUCUAUAUUCCAUCGUGAAGUACUGCCCCGGUAUCAUACGGGAGCUAUGGUCGCACAGUGGUCAGAUGACUGUCGUCUUACCCGUCUUGCCUGAGAUCGAUCGCGCCCGCUAUAUGCGCGUUCUAUUCAUCGCAUGCAUCGAUAUCUUGAUCACCCUACCGAUAGGAGCUGUCGUCUUAGCCGAAGCUCUCAUGCAAAGCGGAAGGGAGGCGUUGCCUUGGUUCCCGGACUGGCCUACGCUACACCGAAACUGGAAUCCGCGUACUGAAUAUGCCAAAGACUGGCAGAGCAGCACCUCGACCCGGUUUACCAUCUACUUCGCGCAAGUGUCUGGGCUGAUACUCGGCUUGGCCUUCGUGGCACUCUUCGGAACUGGCGAGGAAGCCGUGAAGGCAUACCGACGCACGUUCUGGGCGUUCGCGAAGAGGAUCGGAUGGAGACGACGAGUCCGACUUGAAGUCAGGGCUGACGAAUCUACUCUCGAAUUUGAGACCCCCGAGCCGAGCCCAGGCUCUCGGAGUUCUCCUCCGUCAACAUACUCUAUCAACCUUGAUCUACAUUCGCCGCCGAGCUACUCAACUCACAGACGAUCAAGAUCUGUCUCCGCAGAACAAUUGACCAUGGACGAAGACUCGCUGGAAGAGGCUUUACGCCAUCCCCUUCCUCGCAAGAUACUGCGGACUGAGGACAGCUAG